ACGGACACAGCCGACCGGGACGAGCCGCUUCCAGCCUGAGCAGAGCCGAAGCGCAGCCACAGUGCACACACGGGCGGACGGGGGAGAAAAACGAAACAAGGCAGCCAUGCGGAGGAAAUCGAGGAUAUUGUUGUGUUUUGCGGUGCUGUGGGUGCUGGGGAUAGCCUACUACUUCUACUCAGGAACAGCGCUGGGGCGAAAGGAAUCGGACUCCAGUGACUCAUCUAGUCGAAGCAAACUUUACAGCUCUGACGAUAAGACUCAUGGUGUGGAGACCCUGCCACCAGGGAAAGUGCGCUGGCAGGAUUAUGACCAGGACCUAUACGUUGGUGCCACGGUCGUCCGAUCGGGUCAGGAUCCAUACGCCAGGAACAAGUUCAACCAGGUGGAGAGCGACAAACUCCGCAUGGACAGAGCAGUUCCCGAUACAAGACACGACCACUGCAGACAUAAACAAUGGAAGUCAGACCUACCAGCCUCCAGCGUGGUCAUCACCUUCCACAAUGAGGCUCGCUCUGCUCUGCUGCGGACUGUGGUCAGUGUCUUGAAGAAAAGUCCUCCUCACUUGGUCAAAGAGAUCAUUCUGGUUGACGACUACAGCGAUAAUCCGGAGGACGGAGCGUUGCUGGGGAAGAUUGAGAAAGUGCGUGUGUUGAGGAAUGACCGCAGAGAAGGACUGAUGCGUUCGAGGGUUCGUGGUGCAGACGCUGCCACAGCUCCAGUGCUCACCUUCUUAGAUUCUCACUGUGAAUGUAAUGACCACUGGCUGGAGCCGCUACUGGAGAGAGUGGCUGAGGAUAAGACAAGAGUAGUUUCUCCGAUUAUUGAUGUCAUCAACAUGGACAACUUCCAGUAUGUAGGAGCCUCGGCCGAUCUGAAAGGAGGUUUUGACUGGAAUUUGGUGUUUAAAUGGGACUACAUGACUCUGGAGCAGAGACGAGCCAGACAAGGCAACCCCAUCGCGCCAAUAAAGACUCCAAUGAUAGCUGGAGGUCUAUUUGUCAUGGAUAAGGACAGAUUUGAUCUGCUCGGAAAGUACGACAUGAUGAUGGAUGUGUGGGGCGGAGAAAACCUGGAGAUCUCAUUUCGUGUGUGGCAGUGCGGUGGCAGUCUGGAGAUCAUCCCCUGCAGUCGAGUCGGCCACGUCUUCAGAAAGCAACAUCCGUACACUUUCCCAGGGGGCAGCGGGACAGUGUUUGCAAGGAACACAAGGAGAGCAGCAGAAGUGUGGAUGGACCAGUAUAAAAACUUCUACUACGCUGCUGUCCCAUCAGCGAGAAACGUCCCCUACGGAAACAUCCAGAGUCGUUUGGAGAUGAAGAAGAGAUUAGGCUGCCAGCCAUUUAAAUGGUACCUGGAUAAUGUCUACCCUGAACUGAGGGUCCCAGAUCACCAGGACAUAGCGUUUGGAGCCUUGCAGCAGGGAGGAAACUGUCUGGACACCCUGGGUCAUUUUGCUGACGGGGUGGUGGGCGUCUAUGAGUGCCACAACGCUGGUGGGAACCAGGUAGCGUUACAACGACAACACACACAGGAGUGGGCCCUGACCAAGGACAAAUCAGUUAAACACAUGGACUUGUGUCUCACUGUGGUGGACAGAACCGCCGGUUCCCUCAUCAAACUACAAGGCUGUCGAGAGAAUGACAGCAGACAGAAAUGGGAGCAGAUUGAGUCCAAUUCCAAGCUUCGUCAUGUGGGCAGUAACCUCUGUCUGGACAGCCGCAGCGCCAGGAUGGGUGGACUCACCUUGGAGGUCUGCAGCCCAAGCCUCAACCAGCAAUGGAAGUUCACCCUCAAUUUACAAUCAUAGGGGGCGCUACAGUCCCCAGGCAGAGUUGGAUCUUGAAUAGAGAACCCAACAGACUCUGAGACACGGGUUAGAAGAUGGACUUGAAGGAGAAAGACUGGCUCAAUGGAUAAAAAUGGAUUUUUGCUCCUCAGAGGUGCAGCCUGUCAUGCACCCCUCUCCCCCAACUCUCCCCCACCAAAAAAAAAAAAACGAACAUGAGCCACACACCCUGGGGGGAGGGGCUUGCAGACCAUUACCGGAGUAAACGGGAAUCUGUCUGUGCUUCAUGAUGAGGAUAAAAGCGAUGAAGAGGCUUCCCACCCAAACUACAUACCUCAGUGUUUUUCCAUUGAUGGUUCCAGAAGCAAAUGUUGAGUGAAUUCCUUUUUUUGUUUUGUUCUUUUACAUUAUUCAAUUCAUGGGAAAUAGGAAUCUUUGACAUUUUUACUUUGUAAUUGUUUUAUUUCAUUAUUAUUAAUAUUUUUUAAUGCCUUGCUCUUAAUUCUUGACGGGGAGCUUUUUUUCUUUUGGAAGAAUGGGAUGAUGUUGUUGUAGUUGUUGCUCCAUCCGGUGCUCUCUCAUUGGUUUUCCACACUGAACUCGAGCCCAGAGCGGCAGAUGGAGGCUUCAGGUUGUCGUUUUUUGGUGAAGGUUUGGAUGAAGGGAGGAAACGGACUCGAUUCUUUGAGCUUUUCUUCUUGUUUACUUUCAUUGAUUCACAGGAUCAACAGAGAAAAAAGAGACGAGGUGGAGAGAUUACGAUGUGUACUUUCUUGUCUCCUGUGCCGUUUCUUUCCUACAGGUUGUUCCUUGAGGCGGGGGAAGCGGUUCAGGGCAGAGCUUCUGUACUUUGGACCAGGCCUGACACUGGAACAACCGUUCCUGAAACCAAGAAGUGUCUUGAAGCUCACCUUGAAGAUGUUCUGUUUAUGUUCAGGCUGUAGCACUGGCUGUUGCUUCACUACUACACCGGUUAUGUCUCUAUAGGAAAAACACAGAAAAUAAGUCUCCCGUCUCUUUUUAUUUACUUUAAAAAGAAUGGAACCAAAUUUCAAAUGGAUGUUUUAUGUUUCAGGUGAAACCGAGGAGCGAUUAAAAUUAUUUUUAAUUAAAUACUCUCGCUGCUCUCUAACUGCUUCCUGUUGGGCAGUUCAGUUUAUACAACUUUUUCCUGCAAACAUAAUUGUCUCUGCAUGUGUCUAUAUGUCCAUUGUAGGAAGGUUACUGUCUAAAAUCCAGGUCCAAACUGGAUUAAAUGUUGCAGCUUCUUCUCUAGAGCUAACAAGGUGUUUGUUGCAAAGAGAUAAUGACACAGACACCUAAUAUUUUACAAAUUCAUUCACAAUGACACGAUUGAGGCGAGUGUUCAUCCACAUUCUACAUGACCCUGCAGGCACAGGCAUAGGAAAAUCACCAGUGUCCAACGUGUGGCAAACUUCUCAGAGGACUCAUACUGUCGACCUGUAACACGUUUUUUUUAACUUUUAUUUAUUUAAAGGAGACCUAAGGAGAUCCCUUGCUUAUUCCAGCCUGUGAAUAGAGGUCAUGCUCAAACAAAAGCAUUUCCAAAGCCCCUGACUGAGUUCCAACGGUAUGAAGUGUGCAUGCACUCGUCUUCUUGAAAGCUCAGAAAGCUGCAUGCAUCACCAUCAAGUUCCCACAGUUGCACUCAGUCACUAGUGAUUUGCAUCAACAUGUUUUUCCCUUCACUGUGGCUGUUAGAUGAGCCAUCUGUUCAGAAGUCUAAUACUGCAAUAAACAAGGUUUCACUAUGUGACGUACUCUGUUUCUGCACGAGGCGGCCAGGUUUUUCUGAUUGCACGAGCGGAACUGUCGACCUUGCGCUGACACGACAGCUUCUUAGUUUCUUGUUACCUGAUUUUGGUACAGAUUCAAUUUACAGAACGUGUAUCUGUUUGCAAGUCCAUUAUCUGAUAGCCUGUUUUGCAUCUUUUGCAUAACUGCUGUCCCCUGUGCUCCAUCAUCUCUUCUGUCUCUGUCACUGAUGAGUCAUGAUCUUGGAUUUUGGGGUAAAUUGCUUUUGAUUAAGUUCAGAGUGACUCAUCACUUGGCAUCUUUAAUGCAGCUACAUACAAAAAACUCCACAAAUAUCCCUGAACAGAUGAUACUGUAUGACAGACUUCAUUCCUGGUUUACUCUAGAAAGAAGCUGCGACAGAAAUUGUUUAUUAAUGUGAACAAAUCUGUUUCUCAUUAUUUCUCUUCCACGCACAUUCACCUCCUUUCACCUUUGAUUUUGUUUAUUUAAUUUUUGUAGAUAGAUUUUCCAAACCUGACAAAGACAGCUGGUUGUGUUUGCUCUGUUGUCUGAUCCUUUUCUUAUUUUCUGCCAAGUUGUUUCCUUGGUUCUGAUGAUUGCCUUGUGUUAACGCCUGAGUGGCGAGGAGGAGGUCAGCUGACAUGUUUGAAAAGCCUAUCCUGUGACUUGAUAGGUCGCUUCAUGAGGACCCAGGGUAUGAGGCCAGAUUCUAGAUGGGGGGAGGAUACUUUUGUGUUGCCAUGGGGAUGAGACUCAAAGACCCAAAUCCGGUUUAGGCUGGUUUAAUGCUUAUCAAAAGGUAGAUAUGCUGUCAACUUUUAUGGUACUUUUUAUUUUUUUCCAUUCUGUUGGGAAAUUGUAAAAUAACAUAAAAAUAAAUCAGUCGUGUCUUAAUUUACUACAA